AUGCCUGCUCUACCCUUCCCCCAUAAGCAAAGAAGAGAAAAGCUGGACAAACAAUUCGGGCGCUUUCUAGAAGUGCUCAAGCAGGUGCAUGUGAAUAUACCUUUCAUAGAGGUGCUUUCACAUAUGCCAGCUUAUGCUAAAUUUUUGAAGGAGUUAUUGUCCAAGAAGCGAAAAGUGGAAGAGACAUCGAUGGUCAAUCUCACAGAGCAUUGUAGUGCCAUUUUGCAAAAUAAGUUCCCUCAAAAGUGUGGAGAUCCUGGGAGUUUUACUAUACAUUGUGCUUCCAUUAAUCUUAUGCCUUUGUCUAUUUUCAGAAAAUUGGAGGGAGAGAUUAGAGAAAUCAGGUCGAUACAUGUUUCCUUGCAGCUGGUGGAUCAGACCACAAUCAUACCUGAAGGAAUAGUGGAAGAUGUACUGGUUCGGGUAGGCAAAUUUGUGUUCUCUGUGGACUUCAUUGUGGUGAACAUGGAGGAGAAUAGGGAGGUCCCUCUGAUUUUAGGAAGACCCUUCUUGGCUACGGGUAGAGCAAUUUUUGGAUAUUCAGGAAAGGCAGCUCAUGCUCAGAGUGGGGGAAGAAAGGUUGAUUUUCAAGAUGGAAGGAGAAAGGGGGGGCCUAAUGGAGAAAACUGGAGAGAGUCAAAUGAAUAA